GCACUUCCGGAAUCUCCGGGCCGCUUGGCGUGGUUGGCCUGCCAAAGCCUGAUUCUGGCCUCGCGUGCGAGGCCCGGAUUCGCUUGUGAUCUCGUGCGCCUCGGUCCCCUGGCCUCAUGGCCGGGCUGACCCUGUUUGUGGGCCGCCUGCCGCCCUCCGCCCGCAGUGAGCAGCUGGAGGAGCUGUUCAGUCAGGUGGGGCCGGUGAAGCAGUGCUUCGUGGUGACUGAGAAAGGGAGUAAGGCAUGUCGAGGCUUUGGCUAUGUCACUUUUUCUAUGCUGGAAGAUGUUCAGAGGGCCCUCAAGGAGAUUACCACCUUUGAAGGCUGUAAGAUCAACGUGACUAUUGCCAAGAAAAAACAGAGGAACAAGUCCAAGGAAAAGGGGGAAAAUGAAAAUUCAGAACCCCCAAAGAAGGAGCUGAAACCUAAAAAACCCAAACUACCAGAUAAGAAAGCCAGAUUAAUUAUUCGGAACCUGAGCUUUAAGUGUUCAGAAGAUGACUUGAAGACAGUAUUUGCUCAGUAUGGAGCUGUUCUGGAAGUAAACAUCCCCCGGAAGCCAGAUGGAAAGAUGCGUGGUUUUGCUUUUGUCCAGUUCAAAAACCUUCUAGAAGCAGGAAAAGCUCUCAAAAGCAUGAACAUGAAAGAGAUAAAAGGACGGACGGUGGCUGUGGAUUGGGCUGUGGCAAAGGAUAAAUAUAAAAAUACACAGUCUGCCUCUGCCCCAGGUGAGGAGAAGAGGCCUGAACCUAAACAUCAGGAAUUAGGUAAAGAGAAUGGCAGGGAAGAAAAGGAUAUGGAAGAGGAAGAGGGAGAAGAGGAUGACACAGAAGAGGAAGAAGAUGAGGAGGGGGAAAGUGAGGAGAACAAAGAAACAAGGGUGACCAAGCCUGCACAAAUUCAAAAGAGAGCAGUCCGGAGGGCCGCGCCUGGCGAGAGCAGUGAGGAGGAGCUUUCUGAUGACGACAGUGACCUGGGGGAAAGAGAGAGUAUCGAUGGUGGAGAGGAACUGGCUCAGAGUGAUACCAGCAGUGAAGAGCAAGAGGACCAAGAUGUGCAAGUCUCAAAGAAAAAGAAGAGGAAAUUACCCUCUGAUGUGAAUGAAGGGAAAACUGUUUUUAUCAGAAACCUGUCUUUUGACUCAGAGGAAGAAGAACUCGGGGAGCUCCUCCAGCAAUUUGGAGAUCUUAAAUAUGUCCGUAUUGUCUUGCAUCCAGACACAGAGCAUUCUAAAGGUUGUGCGUUUGCCCAGUUCAUGACUCAAGAAGCAGCUCAGAAAUGCCUUGAAGCUGCUUCUCCAGAGACUGAGGGUGGUGGGCUUAAACUGGAUGGCCGGCAGCUCAGGGUUGACUUGGCAGUGACCCGUGAUGAGGCUGCAAAGCUCCAGACAAAGAAGGUGAAGAAGCCAACUGGAACCCGGAACCUCUACCUGGCCCGAGAAGGCUUGAUUCGUGCUGGGACUAAGGCUGCCGAGGGUGUGAGCGCUGCUGAUAUGGCCAAAAGAGAACGGUUUGAGCUGCUGAAGCAUCAGAAACUCAAGGACCAGAAUAUCUUUGUCUCCCUGACCAGGCUGUGCCUGCACAACCUCCCAAAGAGUGUGGACGACAAAGAGCUCAGAAAGCUGCUGCUGAGUGCCACCCGGGGGGAGAAAGGGGUGCGCCUCAAGGAGUGUAGGGUGAUGCGAGACCUCAAAGGAGCACUUGGGAAGGUGAAGGGUCAGUCCCUGGGCUACGCCUUUGCAGAGUUCCAGGAGCACGAGCAUGCCCUGACAGCCCUACGCCACAUCAACAACAACCCAGAGAUCUUUGGGCCUCUGAAGAGACCAAUAGUGGAGUUCUCUUUGGAGGAUCGAAGGAAACUUAAAAUAAAGGAACUGAGGAUUCAGCGCAGCCUGCAAAAAGUGAAAUCCAAGCCUGCAACUGGUGGGCCCCAGCAGGAACAACCAGCACUUGGAAAGGACCAGCAACGGCAACGGAAAGCAGCUCAAAACCACACACAGGAACAAACCAAGGCCCCCCUGGAGCAGAAGGGGAGGGUGCAUCCGACCUCAUGGACAGGGUUCCAGACCAAGGCUGAAGUGGAGCAGGUGGAGCUGCCUGAUGGAAAGAAGAGAAGAAAGGUCUUAGUGCUCCCCUCACACCGAGGCCCCAAAAUUAGGCUGCGGGACAAAGGCAAGGUGAAGUCUCUCCCCAAAAAGCCAAAGCCCCAGAUGAACCAGCAGAAGCCAGAGAAGCAGACAUUACCUCCCAAGCAGGCCCUUAGGAAAAAAGCUAAGGGAAAUAAGACCGAAAUCCGCUUCAACCAGCUGGUCGAACAAUACAAGCAGAAAUUACUGGGACCUUCUAAAGGAGCACCUCUUGCAAAGAGGAGCAAAUGGUUUGACAGUUGAUGGUGGCAGCGGACUGGAUAAGAAGCUGGAUUCUUGGUCAAGCUCCCAGGUCGCCACCCCCUAAUGUUAUUCUCUGAGGGAAGGACACCCCCCACCCCUUCCUCCCCGGGGCACUGCCACUUUGUUGGGAGGCCCCUUGGGCUGUGCACAUUUGAACUUUGGGCCCCUCCUCAGUGUGUGAUUAGUGAACCACAAAGGGAAAUCUCAGAAAAACAUCGAUGCUUUUUGUGUAUUAUCCAAGUUACUAUGUGAAUUGUGUCUGUAAUUAUUACCCAUUCAGUCCUUUGUCUCUCAAAUGAAAAACAGUGGGAAAGAGGAUUCUUGAGGGCUGAAUUUUUAAGAUGUGUAUUUUGUUAAGUGUUUCCUUUAAAUGAGGUAUUUUUUGGCUUUUUGAAUAACAAACUUAUUUCUCAUUUCUAA